CCAGCCGCGGCCGAGGAUGCGGCGGAGCCGGGCGCCGCGGCUGACGCUGGCCGCCGGCCUCGGCUCGGUCUUACUCGUCCUCUUCUACUUCCAGAGCAGCCUCAGCCCAGCCUCUGAAGAUAUGAGAUCCACCUGGCAAGGCAAGGCUGGUCGCAGCCCACUCCAGGCCCUGUAUGAGAGUGACCAGUUUGAGCAGUCAUCCCUGCAGGCAGUUCACCAGCAGAGACGGGAGAUGUUGAGCAACGUCUGCAGCCGUUACACCCGCAAGCGGCGUCUCCUGCAGCCGGAUGACUUGCGGCACUUGGUGGUAGAUGACACACACGGGCUGCUCUACUGCUACGUGCCCAAAGUGGCCUGCACUAACUGGAAGCGGGUGAUGAUGGUCCUAACGGGGCAAGGCAAGUACCAGGACCCACUGGAAAUCCCUGCCCACGAGGCCCAUGUCCCCUCCAACCUGCGCACCCUCUCCGAGUACAGUGUUCCCGAGAUCAACUACCGCCUGCGCAGCUACCUCAAGUUCGUCUUCGUGCGGGAGCCCUUCGAGCGCCUGGUCUCGGCCUAUCGCAACAAGUUCACCCUCAGCUACAACACAGCCUUCCACAAGCGCUACGGGACCAAGAUCAUCCGGCGGCACCGGCACGAGCCCAGCGACAGGGCCCUGGAGCGCGGGGACGACGUGCGCUUCGAGGAGUUCGUGUACUACCUGCUGGAUCCGCGGACGCAGCAGGAGGAGCCCUUCAACGAGCACUGGGAGCGGGUGCACUCGCUCUGCCACCCCUGCAUCAUCCACUACGACGUGGUGGGCAAGUAUGAGACCUUGGCCGAAGAUGCCAACUACAUCCUGCAGCUGGUGGGGGCCGACACGAGCGUCAAGUUCCCGGCUUCGUCCAAGACCACCAGGACGACAGACGACAUGACAGCCCAGUUCUUCCAGGACAUUAGCCCCUUCUACCAAAGGAGACUCUUUAAUUUAUACAAAAUGGACUACUUGCUCUUCAAUUACUCCAUCCCCUCCUACCUCCGCAUCCGAUGAGGCAGGGGCUGGGGGGGAAGAGGUGAGGGAGAGCUGGAUAACUCUCAUCUUGCCACAAUUCCUCCCUCUCACCUUGUGCUCUUCUCUUGGUUGACUUCUUCCCUGUGCCCUUUUGUUAGGGUCUGCUCCACCUCCUGGUGCCUUGUUCAUGCAUGGUCUGGAGGAAGAACACUUCUCAAAACACUGGGGCUGGAGCUUUUCCUUCCCUUUCCCUCCCAGCCUUCAGUAUCUACAGGGAAUGGUAGUGGGACUGGACACUGCUUGCCUUGGUUGGGGACUUCCUUUUAACUAAGAAACUCCUCUGUAGAUCCAAGUCUUGGGAAGGCUCCUUUUUUGGGCAGGAUCCCUUCAGGUCUUUCUCCUCCUUACUGGCCUGUUUGGGGGCAGACAUGGAGUCUCAGGGGUCAGAGUGGAGUGUAUCAGACACUUGCAUAGAACCAGAAAUAAAGCAAUAAUUUAAUGUAACUUUUUCCUUUUAUUUAAAAUUGCUCCCACCUUU